AUGAGGCAUACAACGUUCACAUUCAGGGCUGUCGCCCUGUUUGGAGUCACAUUUGCCAUUCCAUGCCUCAAUGCAUUUGCUGUCUUGAGCACUGGCAGCCUCGGAACAGGUCCGCUUUUAUGUGGCGACGGAGUAAAAACAGGCGAAGCAGCCCCUGGGAAGUCGUUUACUUUCCAGUGCGGCAGCAACUUCGUCCUGGACCCUGAAAACACAGACUAUGUUUACGAGGGGAGUGAAUGCAGCAAUCCGCGAUCUCUGAAACAACUUAUCGAGACCGCCGAACUCACAGGUCCGACCAGGACAGGACGCACAACUCAUAGAGAGGCGCCAGUGGGUGUGUACACACUGGCGAUGGAAAGGGCACCCGAUGACUUGCGUGUACUCUGCUACAAAUGCAUUGAGCAGGAUAUAGAGCCGGUAGCCCUUUCUGCCGCUCUCAUGCGCGGGACAUCCAGCCUUGCACAAGCAAAGAAGGAGUGCAGAGUUGUUAUUACUGUAAAAGGGACUUUGAAUACGACGAAAGAACCUCCACCCACAGACUUUACUGCAAGCGGUGCAACGGACUCUACAGCAACGGAAUCCGACUCGCAGAUCACAACUGAGGCUCCUCCACCAACAACGUCGGGGGCGAUCGCAUCUCAAGUGGCAAUGACAGCUGUCUUUGCUGUCGUCAUCGUGCCACCUUUCCCUAGCUGA